AUGUUUCUUCCUCUUGUUGGCCACGCUCUAUCAAAUUUAAUUCUAUUGGCACUAUAUUAUCGUGAUUUACCGAGUAAUUUUCUCCAUGGGAGAUAUGGAGCAUAUGAACAACAGUUAAAGUAUUUAUUCGAAAAUGAAUACUACAUACCUGGUUCCGUGUGUGAACUUAUUCGUUAUCGUACAACACCACUUUCUCAUCCGUUAACUCCACCAAAAUUAGAAAUUAUUUAUCAGUUUUACUUUCAUGCAGUAACCAAUGAACCAUACAUACCAAUGCAUAUUCAACAACGGUCUAACCAAACACGAUUAAACUGUCACUAG